AUGGACUCGGCGCGCUCCAUCCAGCACGAGAUCAGCUCGCUCAAAGGUACCCGACGGCCGCCCGCCCGCCUGUGCCCCCCGGGAGACGCGCUGCGGAGAGAGGGGGGCCAGAAGCGGGGCGGCCCCUGGCAGGACUGCAGCGCGACGGAGGGGUCCGGGGCGCGCGCCUGGGUGGGGCAGGCCGCCCCCCAUCCCUCGGCUGCGGCGCAGCACCUCCGCCCGGCCAGGUGA